GUUACUUCCUGGAAAAACACACGUGGAUUCCAGCGACUCCUCCACGCACUGAGGGAAGCAGCAGCAGCAGCAACAACAACAACAACAUGGCAAGUUACGGGCUCACUUACGACGGCUGCAAUUUCUUCAGACAACGCCUGGUUUUGUCCACGCUGAGUGGGAAGCGAGUUAAAAUCAGAAACAUCCGGUCCAAAGACGACGACCCGGGGCUGCGAGAUUUUGAGGCCAGCUUCAUCAGACUUCUUGACAAAGUGACCAACGGCUCCACGAUAGAAAUAAACCAAACAGGCACUGUGUUAUUCUACCGACCGGGUUUACUUUACGGAGGCUGCAUAGAACACGACUGCAGCCUGCAGCGCUCCAUAGGGUACUACCUGGAGGCCCUGCUCAUGCUGGCUCCCUUCAUGAAGACCGCGCUGAAGGCCACCCUCAGGGGCGUCACCAAUGACCCCACGGACCCCACGGUGGAUCUGCUCAAGUGCACAGCUCUUCCUGUGAUGAAGAAGUUUGGCAUUGAUGGAGAAGGCUUGGACCUGAAGGUGGUGAAGAGAGGAAUGGCACCUGGCGGAGGAGGAGAGGUGGUGUUUACGUGCCCUGUCAGAAGGACCAUCAAGCCCGUGCAGCUCACAGAGCCAGGAAAGAUUAAAAGAAUCCGGGGUGUGGCAUAUUCCGUGAGAGUUUCCCCUCAGAUGGCCAACAGGAUUGUGGAGUCGGCCCGGGGUGUCCUGAACAAGUUCAUUCCGGACAUCUACAUCCACACGGACCACAUGAAGGGAGCCAACUCUGGCAAUGUGAGUUUUCGCAGGUCACCAGGUUUUGGUCUGAUGCUGGUGGCAGAGACUCUGGAAGGUUAUUUCCUCGGCGCUGAGAUGACGUCCACGCCGCAGGGACAAGGAGACCCCGUUUUGCCCGAGGACCUGGGACGCGACUGUGCCAAGCGGCUGCUGGAGGAAGUACAUCGGGGCGGCUGCGUGGAUUCGUCCAAUCAGAGCCUGGCGCUGCUCCUGAUGACCCUUGGCCAGCAGGACGUAUCCAAGCUUUUGCUCGGACCUCUCUCGCCGUACACGAUGGAGUUCCUCCGACACAUUAGAGACUUUUUCCAGCUCAUGUUCAAAAUGGACGUUCAGAAGCCGUUAGAGGAGGAGAGGAAAGGGGGGGAUAAAGUCCUCAUGACGUGCGUCGGGGUCGGUUACAGCAACUUGAACAAAACUCUGAAAUAAAUCACACAUUUUGUACACAAAGUCUAAGGUGUUUAUUUGUGUCCAGUACGGUGAAGUGCACAAGAGGGAACAAAAUACUUUGGAGUACCGCUCAUCAGUCACAAAUGUUACAUGUUUUUUUUUUUUUUUUUUAACUCGUCCAGCAUUGCUGGGAUUCCACAUGAAAAAGCUAUUUAAGAUGCUUCCUUUCAAGUCUCGCUUGUGGCAAAGUCAAUUUGUAUUAUCGAUGUGCCAAGCAGCCACGUGUUUGUCAUCACAGGAAGUCGGGGGCGUUAGUCCUGACCGCACAGAUGUUUGAGGGCGUCGCCAUAGCUGCCUGACACUUCAGACUACCAAAAAAAGAGAAAGAAACCAGUAACUAUUACUCAUCUUUUGCAGCAAAUUAAUCUAAUAUUGAUACAGUAUUUGAUAUCUGUCCGAUAUCAGCCCUAUCGCAUUGUUUUGAACGGCGUGAGACGCUGCGUCACUAUGCCAGAAUAAUAGUUCUUUGUGUUAUUGUGCUAGCUGCUACAAUAACAAUGGCACUGUAGCUUGGCUUAUAUACAGGUCAGUUAUGCAACAUUAUUGGUGUUUUUUGAGGUUUUAUAUAUAUAUAUAUAUAUAUAUAUAUAUAUAUAUAUAUAUAUAUAGGGGUGUCCCAUUACGUGUACUGUUAGCUCCCACGUGCUAACUAUUUUUUAACUAUUUUUCUCUCUUUAGAACGCGCAGAAAAGUGAAAGACGUGGUCAUGUUUCACAUAAGGAUUGUGUAAGAUUUGGGCAAGAUUCCAAAAAAAGUGCAGGUUUCCUUUUAAGGUGAAAUAUGCUGUUUAUCAGCUGAUCAAAAGGUUUAAGACCACAGCCACACCAUGGCUUUCCUGUUGGUUUGAAACGUUUGCGUGGGACGCCAAAAAGUCAUUGGCUACAAGAGAAAAGAGCUGACACCUGUCAGAGGUGAGUAAUAUCUGGUUUAGAUGCUUCAUUUAGUACCUUGGACCUUGCUACAUUAUGCCUAUUGUGAAUCAAAUAUCAACAAGAUCUCGUGGGACUAAAACGUGACAAGA